CACCUGUUUUCAUGACUUAGAGUCGCUUCCAAUUCCAAUACUCCAAGUUUGAUGACUUAGUAAGAAGUAAUUACUGUAUUUAUUGCUGAAGUAUAGAUUCGUAUAUCUAAUAAAAAGCCAUUAGCAAAACUGAGAGGGUUAACAGUACUAACAUCUAUACGUUUCGUUGUGAAAAAAGAGAACGCACAAUUCUGAGCUUGCUAGUCAUAUUUUCCUUUCUUGAGAACAUUGAGGAUCUUAAUACAUAUAUCAAAAAGUCUUGGGCCUGCUAGGUUUAUCUUUCUUCGGUUGGCUUGCAUUGUUUGUUUACGUUAACUAGGAAAUUUUGCUUAGAUUCUUGCGGAAUAUUCGCAAGGAACUAUUCUAUAUUUUACUUGAAUUACAGCAUAAUUCCUCUUAUUUUGUAGGAUCCUUGAGAAAGAGAGAAAAAAGGAUUUUGAACCGUUUUGGUCUUGUAGAUACAAAUAUUGGAAUUUCAUGGGACAAGCAAAUUCUCGCUCACCGCUACCUGAGAAUAAUGAACAACACUCAAAUAGAAACUACAACUUCUUACAUAGACUCAAAUCAUUCUGGAAACGAUACAUUUCACGGGACGAUAGUUCGGUGGUAAGCGACGGAACCCGGUCUACUAGGAAACAUGGUUCUUCACGGCCAUCUAAUUCUUGCCGAUCUUCAAGUUUACUGGCAUCUGAAGAUAGAUCACAACAUUCACACUGCUCAUCUGUCCCUGACACUCCUGUGAAUGAUUCCCUCCGACAAUCGCCAAACAGUGUUCCCAUAGGAAAUUUAUCUACGGACUCUCAAACUAUUGAUCCAAGUAUUUCCAAUGCUUUACACGCAAUGCCUUCGAACAGUUAUUCAAGAUUGGAUUUCUCGUACUCUAAUGACCACGCUAAUGCUUCUAUACCUUUCCACGAAUUUCAUGAAUCUAAUUCCUCCGUAUUUGAUACUGCUGAUGAAACUAUUAGUAAUGAACACGCUUCCCCUACCUCGGAUACCUCGAUACCUGUAAAUUAUGGUUCACAAUCUUCUGCUCAAAAUCUCCGUUUACCGAAUAAUACCCAAAAUCAACCAUUCGAAAGUCGGUCACCACUAAUCGAUCAUUUACGACAAUAUUUGACACAAGAUUUCAGUCAACGCCAACAGCACAGCAAUGCCGUGUAUUAUGGUGAUGAAACCCUAUCGAAUUCUAGUAAUUAUUCUCAGUCAUCUGUUUCUUCACGUUCUGAACCUGAAAAUGAUUUUAAUACGAAUUCAGGGAAUCGAGCUAAUUCUGCUUUGCCUCCUGAAACUGGUUCGACAGUUCAUGGAUCCAACAAUGAAAAUGCGACUAGCAUGUUGAGUCGACUUCUUUCGGCAGCUGCUAUUGAAACGGCAGCCUCUAUUAUGAACAAUGAAGCUCAUGGAGCUAACGCGAAUGCCCAUGGAAGACAAUCUACCGUCAGAUCUAUUGAUGGAUCAUUCGAAAAUUUUCUCAGCGAUCUUCGUAAUGGAAAUAUAACUAGUGUUUUGGAAAAUUCAGCUAAUUCUCGGAGAGAAGCAGCAGUCAAUCGAGAUACCGAAGGAGAGAAUCCCGAAGUGCAGUACUUGAGAAUGUUCCGAUUUCCAUCUUCCCGUCAGUUGGAUACUACUGGUGAUGAUCAAAAUCAGCGAGAAAAUAAUGGACCAGAUCUUUCCCUUGUACCGGUACUAAUUGUCUGUAUGCGUAAUAUUACCGACAGUUCUGAGGAUCCUAUGCAAAGUAUGUCUCAAGAUAAUCAAAGUUAUCAUGAAGAGCUUCGAGAUAACAUUUCUAUUAAUGACAUUACUGAACGAAUGGCCCAGUCGACAAACUCUUCCAAUGAAGUUAUAGCCUCAAGGACAUUCCCAGCCGAUCGGCUAUCGAAUAUAUCUAACUCAUUUGAUCAUUACAGCUCGGCUUCAGCGAGAAGUGAGGCUUCUUCAUCGGAGUAUCCUCGUCAACCUGCUGGAUGGCCAUCUUAUGCGUCUGCUAACUCUUCACUUCCUUCCGUGCUUAGAAGAGCUGAUGAGGACCUCGGUACUGAAAACGGAAUUAUACGGGCUAGACAUCAGCCCACAGCAGGUACCGAUUUGAACGAGAUACCAACUUUGCGUACUCGACAGAAUGAUUUCGACUCUGAUGUCGAUGCACACACCAACGCGGAAGAUGGCUUUCGGGAGAGCGAUGGAUUAGUGAGUCACAACCACGGAGAAGCUUUAGGAUUUGGAAGCGUUGAAGCAUCGACAAACCAUCUUUAUCAAGAUUCCGUCUCUAUAGAUAAUAAUCGGAACAGCGCUUUUAGAAGGUUUGCAUCAGUGGAAGAAGGCAACAACCGAAUGAACGAAGGUAAUGGAAUAGAUGAAACGACCAAUACAAACUCAAGUAAUGCCCAUGGUGACUGGCUUAUAUAUGUUUUUGGAGGAUUGUUUCCAGAGUACCAUCCGAUUUUAACUACAGUAAGUUUAUUCUCCGACAAUCCAACAUAUGACGAUUUGUUAGCGUUGACAAGCUAUUUGGGGCCUGCAAAAAAGCCUGUUGCAACUGCAGAAGAUUUAACUCGUGCUGGUGGACUGUUUCGGUAUAUGGAAAAUGGAAAUCAUGCUGUCAACAAUACAUGUUUAAUUUGUCUGGAACCAUUUGAGCGCGAUGUGCUAUGCAGGAGAUUGAAAAACUGCAAGCAUUUCUAUCAUAAAGAUUGUGUUGAUCAAUGGCUUACUACGGGCAACAAUUCAUGUCCUUUGUGUCGUUCACGCGGUGUGAAAACCAGUAAUGAAGGAGCAAGUCAGCAGAUGCCUGACGUAUCUUUUAUUUAACUAUUGCUUAGAUUGUUAAGGUUUCAUUGAUUAUCGUUUUGACGGUUUAUUGUGCUUAUUAUUAUUGUUUUCUUUUUUGUUUGGUUAUUAUCGUGAAGAGCCUUUGCAUUCGUGAUAAAUUAUUCAGAGGCAUCGGUUAUGAGUGAGUACUUUACAUGUCGGCUAUUCAUAUACUCUGUACUCUUUGACCAUUUAUUCAUAAAGCGUGUUUCAGAAGAGCUUUUUUUUUAAAAAAGCAAGCAAGAUAUUAAGAGCGUUACAUGUAUGAAAUUCUUGCCUUUAUUCAUCAACUCUGUCUACAAACAUUGCAAUUUGCUUUUUUUGACGGCUGGCAAAAUUUAAAUUCACUGUCAUUUAUUUAUGCUACUUUAGAAUUACGCAUAAUCGUUUAAUAAUAUGUAAUAAACCCUUUCUAUGCAUUGUUUCUUUACUUUUAUGGAAUUUACUAUAAUCCCAGGCUAGCCUUCAUUCUAUUUUUUUCCGGUUCUCAUGAAAGCGUCUCUAUCGCUCUAAUUGUACGUUUGACAGCUUUGUAAUAACUUUUUUUUCUGCAUAAAAUAAAUUAAUACAUUGCCAUGUUUCUAUAUUCAUUUCCCCAAUGU